GAGGACCAGCAUCCCACCACCACCCCUCCCCUCCCGUCUCUCUCCUCCUCCGCCUCACCGGGCUGCUGCUGUCUCUGUCCGCCGGCGCUGCAACCAUCCUCAUCACUGACAUGGAGACUCCAGGCUGCUGUCGCGCUUCCAUCUAGACGGGAAGUCUCAACUCGCAGAAUCAAGACGGGGGGCACAAUGAGUGAAGAGCCACCGGUCACCCCCAGCUGGCUGACCCCUGACCCCACAGCAUGGGCCAGUGGAGGCGGGGGCCCAAUGGAUAACAGCACUAUCCUGGGGACAUUUCCACCGGACGACUCCCUUUCGCCCAGCCAGCUGCCCCUGCUGGUCAACCCCUGGGACAUCGUGCUGUGCACGUCGGGGACCCUCAUAGCCUGUGAGAAUGCCCUGGUGGUGCUGGUGAUCUGGCAGAACCCAGCACUCAGAGCCCCCAUGUUCCUGCUGAUCGGCAGCUUGGCGCUAGCCGACCUUCUGGCCGGCUUGGGCCUGGUGCUCCACUUCACCUGUGCCUACCUACUUCGCUCUGACUCUGCCCAACUAUUGACCGUAGGCCUGGUGGUGGCCUCCUUCUCGGCCUCCGUCUUCAGCCUGCUGGCUAUCACGAUAGACCGCUACCUGUCGCUGUACUAUGCCCUCACCUACAACUCGGAGCGGACGGCGGCCUUCACCUACACCAUGCUGGUGCUGCUGUGGGGCCUCUCCCUGUGUCUGGGCCUGCUGCCGGUCACAGGGGUCAACUGCCUGGCGGAGGAGGCUACGUGCAGCGUGGUGCGGCCGCUGACGAAGAACAACAUCGCCGUACUCUCUGUCUCCUUCCUGCUGCUUUUCGGCCUCAUGCUGCAACUGUACGUCCAGAUCUGCAAGAUUGUGAUGCGCCACGCUCAUCAGAUCGCCCUGCAGCACCACUUCCUGGCCGCCACACCCCACUACGUCACAACACGGAAGGGCGUGUCAACGCUGGCCAUCAUCCUGGGCACGUUCGCCGCCUGCUGGAUGCCGUUCACUGUCUACUCCCUCAUUGCUGAUUACACCUACCCUCCGCUCUACACCUAUGCAACGCUGGUGCCUGCCACCUACAACUCCGUCAUCAAUCCGGUCAUCUACGCCUUCAGGAACCAGGAGAUCCAGAAGGCACUGUGGCUGGUGUGCUGUGGCUGUGUGCCCGCCAGUGUGGCCCAGCGUGCAAGGACCCCCAGUGACGUCUGACAAAGCAGACCCAGGUGGGAAGAGAGAGGCGCCCUGGGUCAGCUCUGCUCCUCACUGGGUCUGUCCAGUGUCACAGAGAGCAGUGUCAGAGGAGGAGGCCCAGGGAUGUGGCCCCAGCUCCUGCUGGAGGUGUCUCUGGCUGAGGCAGGUUGCCCACUGACCCACAGCCCGCCUGGAUAGAGGGUUUGGAUGGAGUUUCUCUUUCCUUUCUUACAAUCACCAUAGGGCAACGUAUCUCACUGUCUUCCCCCUGUAGAGACAGCCACUGCGCGGCCUGCAUCCCUCCCCCUCCCGUCCAGCCCGUGCCACGCCCUUCCUCUGUUCUGCAGAGAUGAGUGCAUCACAUGUUCCAUCCAUAGGAUGUGCAUACAGUUAACAGCACCAAACCUCUGGCUGACACGUGCUUGUUUUUUUUCUCCUCCAAAUGGGGGCAGGGAGGGGCGGGUUUAUUAUUAGUUUGCGCCCCUGUGCGUGCGUAAAGGCGCACGGGAGAUGAACAAAGCCGUGAGAGGGAGGGAGAGUAGAGAACACGCAGGCAUCUCCACAGUCAAGUCCGUCUGUCUGGAGCAGCAUCCCGGCUCUCUGCUGCUGCUGCUGCACUCUGGACGUGCGUCGAAAGCCAAACAGCGGCGGAGAGCUAAAAAUAGACCCGGCUCUCUCUGUGAUCCGCGCCCUGCGUCCUCCACCGACGCCGGGAAAGAAAUCAACCCGCCUCUCCUCCUUUUUCUCGCCUCUCCUCCUUUUUCUCGCCUCUCCCAGUUUUCUCUCUCUGGAUUGUACGCGUUUGUAUGUUUUUUAGCUGCAGCGCACGCGUCUGGGAAGAUCAAGACAAAGCCCCAGGAGACCCCCACAACCAUUUACCCCCACUCCUCCGUGUUUUAUUAGUAUAGAGGCCUGUUGGAUUAUGUAACCACCUUAUAUCCCUCCUCUUUCACCUUCUGAAUUAAAAUUAUUUCUUAUAUUUAAAUGGUUUUUGCUAUAAAUCCAUUGAAAUAGAGUGAUAUUGACCUGAAAGCAUUUUUUAAAAUGAUAACACAAAUGUCAAAAAGAAUGCCCCUAAAGAAGACAACAUCAACAUGACUGUGAUAAAAUCAAAAUCUCACGUGGCAUAAAUCUGAAUUCAAUUAAAUGUAUUUGGUGUCGUCCUCAUGAUAUCUGACCAUGAUGCAACACCUCAGUCUACUUUGCAUGCAACACGGAUUUCCCCCCUUUUCCUGCUGACUUCAGUGCAGAAGGUCACACAAGCCACUGGAGGCCAUGUGUCACCAUGACCCCAAUAAUCAAGUUACAAUGGUGACACAGACAGAUUUGCACUGUUUGCAAAACCCAGAAUUCUUGAUGUUUUUUGCUGCACCCAGCCGAUUUGUUUUUGAGGCGGUCUCGCAGCUCUUGCUUCUGUGAUCCUGCCUGAAAUGAUCUGUAAUUUGAAAGAAGCCCAAAUCACCACCUCUCACUCUCCACCAGCUGCUCUGAGUUAGUUUCCAUUUUAUACGUGCGAGCCCCCCCUUCCAAAAAACCCCACGACCCAUGUCAGCAAUAACUCGCCCAUCGUGAAUAGUUGUUACUUUUUGAUGCGAAGCAAUACUCAGACAGCAAUAACAUCCACGUUGAUCCACCAUGACUUCUUUACACCACGAAGGCCGCUCGGGUGGGGAGGACCAGGCUCCAGUGGUUCUCUGGCAAUACAUCUUCAAACGGGGGGGGGGACGAGAUCCAACAACUGCCUCAUUCCUCCACAGAGCUUCCCCCCCCCAAAAUCAGGCUUUGAUCAUUUGUCACACUGGGAUGGAUUUUAUUUUGUGGUUGUUCGUUACCUCUGCCUCUUGUGAGCAUAUGAGCCGUCCAGAGGGUCACAACCUAAAGCCUCAGUGUGUGGCCUGGGACUGUGUUGUCGUGCAUAUGGUAUGAGCUGCAUGGCCUCUGUGUGUGUGUGUGAGAUCCAGCAGCUUAGCAGACUAUGAUCUGUCUCCUUGGGUCUUGUGUUUGUUGGGUAUGUGUGGCGGUGGUGGUGGUGGUGGGAUGUCUGAAAAAAUACAAAUUCCCAUUAACCUCCCUCUCCCUGACCUCGGGGGAUAACGCUGCCAGUCUUCCUGUCCAUUCUGAGAGAAGUGGCCUCGUUUGCGUGUGUGUAGAGCUCCUUUCUUUCUUUUCUGGGACAGAGAUGGGACUUGGGACUUGGAUGUGGACGUUCCAGCUCUUCAAGCCAAAGUGAAAAAGAGACUGGGACCCGAGUCCUCCUGGGUGUUUUCUCCCUUCCUCUGUUUCACCGAUAUCUCACCCUACUUUUAAAAAUCAAUCCUGUCUGGUGGAGGCAGGUGUCCGUUAAGUGACCUCUGAAUGAUUCUAUGAGCUAAAAAGGGCCACUUCCAAAUACACAGAUGAUGCUGCCUCUUUGCAUCCUUGCGUCCCCUCUCACUGAUCUAAGGAGCUCCCAGUCUUUGUCUUCUGACCUUGGAUGAGGUGUUAGGGGGGAGUGAGCAAGGACGUCUAAAGAGCAGCAUUUCUGAGCAUUGGAACGUAGCCCGUGUCUGUGAACUUGUGCACAGUGUCAGACUGAACCGACAGGUCAGGCUGACACAUCACAAACCAUCACAAACUCUUUAUUCCUUUUACCUUUGGAGAGAAAAAAAAGUCUAUUUUGUUAUAUUCAUUCAGAAGUUCUAUUUUUUUCCCACUUAAGUCGGGCCUGUGUUCUUUCAGAUUCUGAUGAUGUUGUACGAUACUAACGGCGCUGUAAAGCCUUUUUUCUGAAUGUAGUUAUAAUCCAACUGAUACUGACACCCCCCCCCCCCUUGACUAAUUUGUUUCUGUAAAUAACGCAUGCAUAAGAAGGAUGGGGGGGGGCUUUAUGACUUUAUACCACCGUGCAUGGUGCUACCAAAGCCACUCAAACUAGGGGGAUGAGUUUGGUCGCACCAUUUUUAAAAAAUAGUUUUGACUGACGUUUCUCCACAUCAGCUGUCAAUGUGGAAUACAUUCUGUUCAGUUUCACUUUUCCAGCUUCAGUUUGCACCAGUUAAAGGACGAUUGAGCAGAUUUGGCGACACACACAAGGGAAGAGAAAAGAAAUGGUCCACGACUUUCUCUGAUUGGUGAAUGUUUUUUCCUUCUGGUGCAGCCAAACUGUAUUUUUUUUUUAACGGGUGUGAACAAGGGCUUUGUAUCCACGAGUGGUGAAGGACUGUGAUGUUGGAUGUAAUCCUUCUUUGUACACACACACACCUGCUUAUCUACUGAAUGGUUUCACAGUGUCACCGUGCACAGACAUGUACGACGCAGCCGAGGAUUUGUGUAGCCAGCGAUGGGCUGUUCCACUGAGGGGGGAGGUGUCUCUGAUGGUGACUAAUCUAGAGCUAAAUAUCAAAACACUCAAGGGCCUGUGUGUGUGCGUGUGUGUAUGUGUGUGUGCUUGCGUGUGCGUGUGUGUGUUUUUUGGGGUGGGGGGGGUUGGAGCUACAGGGGGACACCACAGUAACAGCAUCUUGUGUAGACGUAUGCAUAGUUUUCAAUGUGAAAUGCACUUUAUUUUUUGGAUAAAAAUGGCACAACAAAUUAUUAAGUAUCUGCAAAACGAAACGUAUUAAUGAUGAUAAUCAACAUGCACUAACUUAAUGGAGAUAUUGUACAAACGUGUGUGUGAACGUGGUGUCUAUUUUUCCAAGGUGUUAGUUGUACU